AGAACAGUGUUUACUCGUGUGCUUGUUUAGUUAUAAACAAAUGUUAGAGGAACACCAGAGCUUGAGAUACAGAGCGGUAUUAAUGUGGGACCCUUGAUUUACAGUCACUCUGGGGAGAUCAAUGUCGUGGAUGGCUGGGUUCAGAGCAAAACCAUAUGGCCACAGUUUGCCACUGGAUAUUUUUCCCAUCCGCGAUACAGGUAUCUACUGAUGCAAAGUCCUUUUUAAAUUUGUUUCUGCCUCAUUUUGUUGCGUCUCCGAGCUGCUGAAGUGGGAAUUAUUCUUGUGAAAUGAGCGAGGUAAUGAAGCACUUCGAGAGACUUCCUGGCUCACUGCUCUUUUUGAUGACCCUGGUUCUUCUCGGUCUGGGCGAUAGAUUCACCUUGUUGAUCUCCAUGCCCAACACCUCCAUUCCUUUCAGAAAUCCGGACCUCCUGCAAGGUCAUCAUUUGGAUUACCAUUACGUGGAUGAUGAAUGCAGUGAUGUACGUGGCCCUGGGAAAAUUGCGGCACUUUACCAUAGACACAAAUACAGCGCUUUCAUCGGACCGUCUUGCUCAAAUGUCUGCGCAGUGACUGCUAAACUAGCAGCAUACUGGAACAUUGCUGUCAUCAGUCCUGUAUGUGCAGAUCAACAGUUUCUAGAUAAGAAGGCCUAUCCGACCUUAACAAGAGUGUUUGGGCCUUUUACUAAACUAGGAGCUUUCUUCGUGGAAAUCUGUAAGCAGUUUGGCUGGCAGCGCAUCGGUAUUAUCUAUGAGAAUAAACAGUCCUGGGCUAUUGCCGCUGAGGGGAUCAGGUAUCAAGCAGAGCACAAUAACAUCACAGUGGCCAAGUAUCAAGAAAUCCACGGCUCUCUUUCUCAAGGGUCCUUGUCGACCUGGUCUUGGGUCUUAACUGAGGUGGCACAAGUCUCUCGCAUAAUCGUGAUAUCAGCACAAGGCAAGGUGGUCCGCAGUUUGCUAAUUGAAGCUCAAAGGAAAGGCCUCACUGAUGGAGAUUUCAUUUUUUUUUGUUUCGAGCCGUACAAGCAAAAGUUGUUAUUUGGCAGUUUUGACUGGAAACAAGGUGAUGGAAAUGACUCAGUGGCCAAGCAGGCUUAUCAGGCUCUGUUUUUCCUGUCUCUGUAUAAACCCAGUGAUAAACGUUAUCAGACCUUCUCAGAGAAUGUCAUCAGAAGAUCCAAAACAGACUUUGGCUAUACAUAUGCUCUUAAUGAAAAGGUGUCAUUCCUAGCAGCCAUAGCCCAUGAUAGUGUCUGGCUGUAUGCCCAGACAUUGAACGAAACUUUGGCAGAAAAAGAAAACCCAUAUGAUGGCUUAGCCAUGACUAGACGAAUGUGGAACAGAACCAUUACAGGUAUUCAAGGAGAUGUAACUAUUGAUGCAAGUGGAGACCGUGAGUUAAAUUACAUGCUGAAACAAUUCCAAGGCGGUAAUAACCAGUGUCAGGUCAUUGCAAACUAUUUUGGGACUUAUAAGGCAGUACAAGGGGUCCAAAUCAAGUGGCCUGGAGGACGGACAACUCCUCCCAAAGACACUCCAGAUUGUGGCUUUCAUGGAGAACUCUGCAUUAAUCUAGAGAGAAAAUUCUUGAUUGCUUUGGGGAUUUUUGCUGGCUUGGUGGCAGCGGGGACCCUUGCAAUCUGUGUUUUAUACAGGAAGUUCAAACUCCAGGAGGAAGCUUCCAAGAUGCUGUGGACAGUCAAUGCUGAUGAUGUUGUAAUGAUGGAGGAUCACUCCUCAACCAUACCAGCAAAGUCCCACAGAUCCAAACCCAUCCAGGCUUCUCUGGAGUCUAUCAUUUGCAGCCUGCAAAACAAGCCAUCAGCACAUAGAACCGCAAUCUAUAAAGGGACGAUUUGUUCUGUUUGCUUUCUGAAUUUAAGAAGCACUCAUCUGAGCAGCGAGCUGCUGGCGGAACUCAAACAUUGCAGAGACUCGACCCACUAUAAUCUUUGCAAAUUUAUUGGAGCAGCCCUGGAGACCCCUCAACCCUUCAUUCUUACAGAAUACUGCCCUAAAGGAAGCCUGCAGGACAUUUUGAAGAAUGAAUCUAUUAAGCUGGACUGGACUUUCAAGUACUCCCUCAUGCUAGACAUUGUAAAGGGCAUGGACUAUUUGCACCACAGUCCUCUGCACUGUCACAGUCGCCUCUCGUCAUCGAGCUGUGUCGUGGACAGCCGCUUUGUCCUGAAGGUCACUGAUUUUGGACUUAACGCAGUCAGGCGUUCAGACUCAGAGAGGAGCCCUGGAUUUGACCCCUGGAAUGAUCUGCUGUGGAGGGCACCAGAGCUGCUGAGAGAGUCCAUUUCAGCUAAUGGUACUCAAAAAGGGGACAUCUACAGUUUUUCCAUUAUCGCUCAGGAGGUAGUAUAUCGUAAAGGGCCUUUCUACAUCCCCAACUGUCACUUGAGUGCUAGAGAGAUUGUGGAGAGGGUCAAGGCGAGAAGCUGGAGCCCACUGAGGCCUCACAUUGACCCAUCGGAGGGUGUAGAGGAACUGGAGGGAAUCAUAGUCAGCUGCUGGAGAGAGAAACCUGCAGAGAGACCAGACUUCUCUUUUCUCAGUACUGCCAUCAAGAAACUCUGUCCUAAUGGGGGGUCUGAGAACAUUCUGGAUAACCUGCUGUCUCGUAUGGAGCAGUAUGCAUGUAAUCUGGAGGAGAUAGUUAGUGAACGUACCGCCGAACUCCAAGAAGAGAAAAAACGCGCAGAGGGACUGCUCACGCAGAUGUUGCCAAGAUGUGUAGCUGCUCAGCUCAUAGCGGGAAAGACAGUAAGAGCAGAGACCUACGACUGCGUCACCAUCUAUUUCAGUGAUAUUGAAGGCUUCACAGCCAUGUCAGCAUCCCUCACGCCAAUGCAGGUGAUGAAAGACGCAGAAAAUCAAACAGCAUCUCAGGGAGUUUCUGCCCCGGUAGUGAACGUGCUGAAUGACCUGUACACAUACUUCGACAAUAUCAUCGACAACCACAAUGUUUAUAAGGUAGAAACCAUCGGCGAUGCUUACAUGGUAGUGUCGGGCCUGCCUACAAGAAAUGGAGACGACCAUGCACAAGAAAUAGCAAGAAUGUCAUUAGCUGUUGUGCAGGGCAUGAAGAGCUUUUACAGUCCACACGUACCAGAGCAGCAGCUGAGGGUCCGCAUUGGCGUUCAUUCAGGGCCUUGUGUCGCGGGGGUUGUGGGUCUGAAAAUGCCACGCUACUGUUUAUUUGGAGACACUGUGAAUACUGCCUCCAGGAUGGAGACGUAUGGAUUGCCACUGAAGAUCCAUGUGAGCAGUUCCACCAAGUCUCUCCUCGACACUUUCAGGACUUUCUGCUGUGAACUGCGAGGUGACAUCCACAUAAAGGGAAAGGGCUGGGUGAGGACAUACUGGCUUUUGGGAGAGGACUGCUAAACCAGAUGCCUUUUUUUUCAAUACUUUUUAACAUGAUUUUUUUUUUCUUACACAGUAUACAGUAUAAAGUUUUUUGUUACUUCUUUUGUAUGAUAUAUGAUAUGUAUAUAUAUAUAUAUAUAUAUAUACAUAUACACGCACACACACACAUAUAUAUAAACAGUUCAUUUGCAGAAGGGUUCAUUAGCAAAAGCAGAUAAUUCUAAAAAAAAAAAAAAAUGUUUUUCCAUUGUGCAAACUGCAUUUUUUUGACUAGGUUAAUAAGCAUGGUAGCAUAAUAAAAAACAUGAUUUUUAAACAUUUACAAAGCAUUGACUUAUCUGUUUUUGCAAAUAAACUCUUCAUAUAUAUAUUCAUAUAAAUAUUACACAUAGUUGUUUUCCUUUUUAAUAUAUUAGUUCCAGUCUUCGGUAUAAUCAGUCACAAAUAGCGUUUCCUAAAAACCAAACUUUUAUUAUCAAAUUUGUGCGGAAAGUAAGUUUUACGGUAACAUUUUUUUUUCAGGAUUCUCUGAUGAAUGUAAAAUUCAAAAUAUGAUUUGUAUGUAACAAUGUAACAAUUUCUUUAUUAAGAAAAAAACCCUUAACAUUAUUGUAUAUCAAAACCAAAGUGUUUUCAUAUAUGUAUCUUUAUAUUAAUUACAUUUAUUAGAAUUUCCCUUUUCAAUUAUUCAAAUAAAUAUUAGUGCUUGUUUGCAUUUCAACACACAUUCCACUAAGAGUACUGCUAAUAACUCAAUUCCACCACAGGGCAUUUUUGUUGGACUGUAUUUUGUAAUCUGUCACCCGUAUGGACACUGCUGAGAGCAGUUCAUUACAUUAAUAGCUCUCCCAUUCCACAGUUGACCCUCUGUGAUUCAUUCCCCUUCUGGCUUUUAACCAGUCAUCUCUAUCUUGCAUUGCUGGAGCUUUCACUAAAAGCCUUUAACUGAUGUACCAUAUUGACAGCAAACCUCUACAAACUCCAGAUUCAGUCUUUUAACAGUCUACAAAUUACUGCCAAAAGAGACGGUCCACAUCGGCAUUACUCCGUCCUUGCUUUCUGGUAACCUUUGCUCCCCUUAUCACAGAGGUCGUAAACACACACUUUUCAGACAUCUCUGAAAAGACAUUUCUGUGUAGAACUGCUGCGUGUUUUGUUAGGGGGAAAUAAAAAGGGCAUGUUUUAGUGUGCUGUCUGUGCACUUUUGGAGUUAAUGGGAAACUUAUCUGACUUUGCUAGAUUUUGUUCCUGCAGAUAAUCUUCACUUUCGAACAGAAACGUCUCAGGAGAUGAAAGAUUAAAUCUUUGAACUGUAUUCUGUAAUAUUUGUUCAAAGUUUGGGGAUUUAAAGAUAAGUGUUGUUGAAAAUGUCAAUUCAGGAUUGAAACUGAUUAAAGUUAAAUAUAAACUGAAAAACAAAGGAUUUUUUUUUAUGAUAUUUAGGCUUUGAUGGAAUGUUUGAAAAUGUUUUGGUUUGAUCUGAUGGUGAAGAUUGUGUGACUUUGUUAAGUUUUAGUUUGAAACUCUCCCAUUGCCGUUUGAAACUAUUUUAACAAAUUGGUGACUAAUUGUAUGAAUGUGAACAACUCAUUUUUAUGUUCCUGUACCAUCUACAUCAAAGAUUUGUGGAUGGACAUUCAUGCAUAAUAAAAUAGCUAUUUUUUUUAUGUUAGCCUUAGAGUUUCUGAUGUUUUACUGAUGCCAUGCACAUCUAUUUUUACAUAACUUUUGGACUCUGGAAUAACCCCCCAACCAUAAAAAUAAAUGAAUGAAUUAAAUAUUAACAACAACAAUAAUAAUAAAAUGAAUAAUAAGAAUAAUAUGAACACGUUUAGAAUAAAAAGAUUCUAAAAGCAAGCAUUUUGACUUGCUCAUGAAUGCUUAAUAAAAUUUAAAUCCCUCAAGGAAUGCUUUCUUUCACAAAGACAAAGACUGUUAGUGCUAUUGUUAAUAUUUAAACAGUAUAUACAGUACUCUGCAUAUUGUUAUAUAUGUGACCACGGACCACAAAACCAGCCAUAAGUAUACAUCAAAACUGAGGUUUAUACAUCCUCUUAAAUUUUUCGAUUGAUGUAUGGUUUGUUAGAUCAGGACAAUAUUUGAUGGAGA